CCCCUGACAACGGUGCGGAUCCUUCGGAGUGUGGAGGGAAUGCGCAUGCGCCAAGGAGGAAACGAAGGCCCUGAAAUUGCACCUGACUGUGAGGGGGGAAGUGCGCGUGCGCAACGGAGGAAUCUAAUGGCGCUUUGAGUUCUAGGGGAAUUGAGAGUGAUUGACGAGUGAAGAAAAGAUGGAGGAGUGGCUGCGAUGGUGGCGGCUAUGGACCCUGUUCCUGCCUUUCUCCUUCUUCCUCUGGAGCUGUCCAACGAUGGGGAUGGAGACCAACGCCUCACCGUCGCCGGCUCCCGUUUUGUCAUGUAAUGCUUUCAUCAAAAAGACUUGCGAAGAAUGCGUGAAAAACACUAAAUGUCUUUGGUGCAGUGAAAACGCAACUUGUAUCGACUACCCUGUAAGCAAACUCAUUCCACCGCCCUCAUUGUGUGAACUCAGAAAGUCUUAUUGGGGAAUAUGCUUUGUUAACUUUGAGGCCAUCGUCAUUACCAUAGGUGUGGUAGCAGGCCUUCUUCUGAUUGUUAUGCUGUGCUGCUGCUGUUAUUGCUGUCGCAGAUGUUACAAAUGUCGUCCUAGCAGGGAAAUAUCUGAAGAAGAGGAAAGAUUUAUCAGAGAUCGGGAAGAAAAAAGAAUGCAGUCCCUUCAACGGAAACAUGAAAGGAAAGUGAAGCAUGAUGAAAUACGCAAGAAAUAUGGUCUCCUUCCAGAUUCUGACCAUCCAUACAGCAGAUAUGAGAAUGAAUGAAAAGAAGAUGCUGCUGUGCCUUGUUGAGGAUAACAGAAAUGUCGAAGUCACUUUCUGCUUCAGUGUUUAGGCCUUCAAAUAGGUACAUAAAUGCUCAGUAGUAUGUGGUUGUUCCCAUUACCGUUUUUUUUUAAAUAGCACUCAUAUUUAUUUUGUAAUUUUGUUAACAAUACAUCAACGUUUGAGAUAUGCAAACAGCAAUCAUGUCAUUUUUCCCUAAUGUUGUAACAUUUUAUAAAGCAACAUAGUUAUUAUUUCCACAGUGCUAAAUAAAGAUGCUGUUCUAAUCUGUGUCAAGUAAGUGUUGCCAAGUAUUUGACGGUACAGAUGUGUGAUAUCAAGUGAUGACAAACACUUCCAGCCUACACCAUCUUCGGGAUUGUUAUAUAGAAUAUGAGAGGUGUUUGUGAAAAUGACAAUGUACAGUAUCCAGCUUGGCUCUACUAACAAAACCAGUUGGCUCCCGAUGUUACUGAAAUAGUCAGUAGUUGCUGUACUUUCAUAGCUUUCCGGAUGCAUGGAAAUGGGGAAUCAGUUCCAAAAACCUAUAGAGCACUAGUUCCCAAAUUUCACUCCCCCACCCCCCCUGUAUUUUUUGGACUUCAUCUCCAAGAAUUCCUGAUAGUGGGCCAAUGUGACUGGAGCUUCUCUGAAGUUGAAAAUAUUUGAUGACCAAAGUUUGUGUGGGAUUCUCUAUAGCAGUGUCCAUCCAAAAUAGCAUUUCCGGUUUUGUUGCAAAGGGCAGAUGUAGUCAUCAGUGGUCCAAAGUAUGUGAAAAAAAAAUAGUCACCAGGCCCUUGUACUUUUCUAGUCCUGUCUGCAACUUGAUACAUUCGAACUCACAGCGUAUUUUGAGUGGACAAAAUGAUUGGGGCUCAGAAGAUGGCUGCUCUGAAGACAGAAAAAUGGAAAGCUUUUCACUGUUCUGCCCAAGAUUGUGAUUUUAAUUUGCCCAGAUAUUGACCAAUAGAUACUCAAGAUUUAUUGAUACAUGUAUCCCAGUUUUUCUGUGCUGUAUAUGUUCAUUAGUUACUGUGAAAAACUUCAGGAAAACUACAAGUUUGUAAAAGAGUGGCAUUAUUUUUUGAAACAUGUACAUCUAAAAUGGGUGUUGUGUUUUUUUGAAAUGCACUGUGUCAGAAUCAGUAGCAAAAAUAAACCCAAAAUGAUUAAUGCAUUUGAAAAAAUAAUAGAAGCCAUGCAGCCAAAUGUUGGACUGCAGGUCCCAAAAACUCUAAAUAAUAAUUAUGAGGAAAGUUGGGAAUUGCAGUCCAACAAUAUCAGGAGUGCUGCUUGCUUCUGACUUUUACCUUAAAUGCAUGAAUAAUUUUGGGUUUGUUUUUACAUUCAUUGUAUUUCAAAUAUGCUGCUGAAAAGUUUGUGUUGAUCAUGAACUCUAUCUUGAAGAUAUAGAAAUAAAUAUUGUUAAAAAAUAGAUUUUAAUAAGAGACUCUUAGCAACAUAAGCAUGUAUUGGAGACAGUAUUGUUGGCUUCCUUGAAAUUCUUUCCAAGACUGUUUAGAAACUUACAUAAUCAAAUCCUUUGUAUUGUCUUACUCCUUGAUAAAAUCAUCAUGCCAUUUAUUAAAAUUUUCUAAUAAUAUACAA